GACUACAGACAUAAUAGAUAGAGACCGCAGUACUUGAAUACAAUCAUUGUGCUUUCGUUGAAACGUAACACCACUAGCACUGAACACAUGAAAACAUAGAUCAUUAGAUGAGCAUAUGUACAUACCACAUGUACAUGUCGACACACGCCCACACCCCUGUGUUAGAUAUCUUGCUAAAAGUCAUAUUUAUGACCCAUUAACUCUUUGUUUUCAAGUUUAUAUAUUGCUGCAACUGAUCGGAGUGCCACGACGCUGUUUCAGUGGAACUUUUUGCCCAAAGAUCAACGAAAGAUAUGGAGCGUCGGCUGUUCUUGGUAACCUUGUUGAUGUCCGUGACGGUUUUUGUGCAGGCUUCAGAUGCUAUACACAAGAAGGGCUAUUGCAUCAUGUACGGGCAGUGUGGAUAUCGUGAUAUCCCUGAGCAUAAGUUGAAUUGCUUCUACAACAAACCUGCUCCUGAGCUUGAUGAUCCAGAAGCUCUUGAAAUUCUCCAUGAACUGUGUCCUCAUCUUGUCAAAAAUAAGACCUUGGCCUGCUGUGAUUUGAAUCAGUUGAAAACAUUUCUGACCCAGACCAGUCAGGCAAGGCAAAUGAUGAGCCGUUGCCCUUCAUGUCAACGCAACUUUCUGAAUCUAUACUGCGCCAUGACCUGUGACCCCAGUAACAGCCUGUUUGUAGAUGUCACUAGCAUCAAACCUGGUGUGUUUAAACAGGAAGCUAAUGGCAUCAAUGAGUUGGAGGCUGUUGAAUCUCCUCUAGAUGAAGAAGUUCAAGCAGGCUUGGAAGACAACAAGCUCACCUACAAAACUAAUGAUAGCAUUCUCAGUAUUGAUUACCAUGUUCAAGACGACUUUGUAGAUGGCAUGUAUAAUAGUUGUGAAAAUGUCAAUUUUCCAAGUUCAAAUUCAAAGAUCUUUUCACUCCUUUGUGGUCAGUCAGCAAGUACCUGCACCCCCCAAAAACUGUUGGACUUCAUGGGUAGUACCGACAAUGGACAGACACCAUUUACCAUCAAUUUCAUAAUUGAUGGAGGUAACAAAUCUGCUCCCCUCCCAAUGGAAGCAUUUAACACUUCUGUUUAUCCAUGUAAUAAGAAAGUUGAUGAGUACUCUGAACCCUGUAGUUGUCAGGAUUGCAUCCCAUCCUGUCCACCGAUUCCCCCAACAACUAUAAAUAACCCCCCGUUGACAAUCUUUGGCAUGGAUGGCAUCCUAUUCAUCCUCAUCUGCUCCUAUGGUGUCUUUGUUGUCAUCUUCAUCUUGUUUGUGAUAAUCACAUGGCUCAUUCAGAGACGAAGACAUGUUACUCAUUACAAUGAACUCAGAAUCAAUGGCGAAGUAUCUGCCGUUAGUCAACAUCAAGUCUCUGAAAAAGAUGUCGGCUGUAGGGAAAGAGUUGGUGCCACUUUUCACCGAAAGUUGUCUGCUGUUUUCCAGUGGUGGGGCACUAUUUGUGCUCGUUACCCAGUCCCUGUGAUUUUAUUGGGUCUCCUGGUAGUUGGUGGGUUGAGCUCAGGCAUUGCCUUCUUGAAAGUAACAACAGAUCCUGUUGAGCUGUGGUCUCCUCCAGAAAGCCGCUCACGUGAGGAGAAGAGCUACUUUGAUGAAAACUUUGGACCAUUUUAUCGCACAGAGCAAGUCAUCAUUACAGCUCCCAGCUACAAUGUGACAUAUUUCCUACCAUAUGGACUAGGAAAGGCCAAUCUUUCCUAUGGCCCAGUAUUAAACAAGGAUGUUCUUAUACAGGUGCUGGAUCUUCAGGAACAAAUUACAAGUCUCACAGCAUACUAUGAGAAAGAAAAUCGCACCGUUGGACUUGAAGACAUCUGUUUUAAGCCGGAAUCCCCAACUAACACCAAUUGUACAAUUUUGAGUGUACUUAACUACUGGCAAAAUGAUCUUGAGAAACUCAACAGUUCCAUCAAAGAUGAGUUCUUCACGUAUGCUGACUAUCACACUCAUUUCUUGGCCUGUACAGCGGCACCAGCCUCUGUUGAUGAUGGAACUAAGCAACACUACCCAUGUUUGGGUACUUUUGGAGGUCCAAUUUUCCCCUGGACUGUCCUGGGCAAUUAUGAUGGCCUGUUUUACAACAAUGCCACCAGUCUUUCCCUGACUUUUCCUGUCAAUAACUAUAAGACUGGUGAUCCACGCUUGGAACCGGCUCUUCUCUGGGAGAAAGCUUUCUUGGAGUUCAUGAAGAAUUAUAGCAAUCCAAAUCUGACCAUAGCUUAUCAAGCUGAGAGAUCUAUUGAGGAUGAGAUUGAGCGAGAGAGCUUUUCAGAGGUUUUUACAAUUGCUGGUAGUUAUCUCCUCAUGUUUGGAUAUGUGGCUAUCGUUCUUGGCAAAUUCCCAUACAACAUCAAGAGACUCUUUAUUGACUCUAAGAUUAUUCUUGGUCUGUGUGGAGUAUUAAUUGUCUUGGGAUCAGUCUCCUCUUCCAUUGGUCUUUUGGGUUUCCUUCAAGUUCCUGCUACUCUCAUUGUUAUGGAAGUUGUUCCCUUCCUUGUCCUAGCUGUGGGUGUUGAUAACAUCUUCAUCCUUGUCCAAAAGUAUCAGAGGGAUGUACGUUUUCCUGCUGAGGAGAAAUAUCAGCAAAUUGGGCGUGUCUUGGGUGAGGUGGCUCCAAGUAUGCUACUUUCUAGUCUCUCGGAGUCCGUUGCAUUCUUUUUAGGUGCCUUGUCCAUCAUGCCUGCUGUCAAAGCAUUCUCUCUCUACGCUGCGGUAGCUGUCCUGAUUGAUUUUCUCCUUCAGAUCACCUGCUUCGUAGCUUUGCUAUCCAUAGAUGCUGGAAGGGAAGAAAAAAAUCGUCUGGAUGUCUUGUGUUGUGUGAAACUAAAAAGUGCUGGCAAAUCUCACAAACAUUCUGGGGUGCUGCACCAAUUGUUUGAGAAGUUCUAUGCACCGUUUCUCAUGUUCACACCCAUCAGAGUACUUGUGGUAAUGGUCUUUGCAUUCAUGGCUUUCAUGAGUGGGUUUUUGAUUACUGAAGUCAAGAUUGGAUUGGAUCAGAAGCUGUCGAUGCCUCAUGAUUCCUACAUGCUGGCAUAUUUUGGGAACCUAUCUUCACAUUUCAACAGUGGUCCACCUGUUUAUUUUGUGAUUCGUGAUGGUUUUAAUUAUACCAGUGAGGAGAGUCAGAAUAAGAUUUGUGGAGGCUCUGGCUGUAAUGCAGACUCCUUGACAUCACAAAUUUACAUUGAAUCACAAAUAUCAAAUGCCUCCUAUAUUGCUGUACCUGCGUCAUCUUGGAUCGAUGAUUUUUUCUCGUGGUUGGCCCCAUCUAAAGUUGGAUUUCCCUGCUGCAUGUACUACAAAGACAAUGGAACAUUUUGUCCUUCAACAGGGCCAAGAGAAAACUGUGUGCCAUGCCGCAGCUCAGCUCACCAAUUUGCAAGACCAACUUCUGAGGAAUUUGAAAAGUUCCUUCCAUUUUUCCUUGAAGAUGAUCCUGGAUUUAAAUGUAGCAAGGGAGGACAUGCAGCAUAUGGAUCAGGUGUGAAGUUCACAGAUAAAACCAAGAAACAAGUAAAAGCAUCUUACUUCCAGAGCUACCACACUGUUCUGCGAAAUUCUGAUGAUUUCACCAAUGCUCUAAUCCAUUCAAGACAGGCAGCUGCAAAUAUCACCAAAAUGAUGAAUGGCCCUGAUACUGAUCCUAAAUUUGAUGUUUACCCUUACAGUGUUUUCUACGUAUUUUAUGAGCAGUACAUUACCAUGGCACAUGAUUCAGCCAUCAGUCUGAGCAUUGUUCUUGGCGCCAUCUUUGUGAUUACGUUUGUGCUACUUGGUUUUGACCUCUUCUCGGCCUUCAUUGUUGCCUUGACAAUUGCCAUGAUAACCAUCGACUUGUUGGGCUUGAUGGUGCUGUGGAAUAUUGAUUUGAAUGCAGUCUCAUUGGUCAAUCUUAUCAUGUCUGUGGGUAUUUCAGUGGAGUUCUGUUCUCACAUUGUUCGUGCCUUCGCCAUAAGCACCAAGGAGAAUCGGAGAGAGAGAGCCAAAGAUGCACUUACUCACAUGGGAAGCUCAGUUUUGAGUGGUAUAACGUUCACCAAGAUCUGUGGUAUCUUUGUGCUGGCUUUCUCCAAGUCUCAGUUGUUUGAGAUAUUCUACUUCCGAAUGUACCUUGGCAUUGUUAUAUUUGGAGCGAGCCAUGGUCUAAUGUUCCUUCCAGUCCUGCUGAGCUUUGUUGGUCCCGGGAUAAACAAGGCCAAGCUUCUUGAGGAACAGGACCGCGCUCCUAUCAUCCCACCAGCUGAGCCAAAGGUGUUUGAACCACCACCAGAAAGCCAAGUCAAUGCACCGGAAGUCCAAGUGCCAAGACAGAAUCAAGCUGAUCGCACUCCAUUACUGCCCAGUGCUGAUAGCCAAGGAUAUUAUUAUGCCUAAAAAUAUGAUCAAAGCUGAGAUUAAUUCUUUUUAGUAAUUGUUUGUUUGUGGAUAUAUGUGGAAUGUUUUAGGAGUGGUAAUAAGUCCAACUUGAGUAAACAUACGAAGAUACUUCUCAAGCUCUUAAUAAUGGUGAGAGAAUGCUGUAAUUCAGAAUUUCAAGCUGAAGAUGUCCUUGUCAACCUAAGAUAUAGAGUUGACCAUUUAUUUGUUAAUUGGUGAUAACAACACAAGUCAUACGACUAGGCUAUACAUUGCCAGAAUCUUGACCCAACAGUCAUUGCAUGGCGACAUGUACUGAUUAGGAUGGAAAAUGCUAUAUCAAGAAAUAAUGAUGGACGUAAUUGAAAAGAUUAGUAUUGCAUAAUUAACUAGCUAAUGGCUACAGACUGUUCCUAACCAUUUCAAUAAACACUGACACUUGGCUGAUUGUAUUACUUUCAUUUUUUUCCAACCUAUUCAUUUCUAGUAGCGCAUAUUGUCUGAUAUAUAUGUGACUUUAGCUUGAAUACUUCGCACAUUGAUCCAUACAGUCUGAAGGUCAUUGUCAGAAAUUUCUUUUCAGUCAAUCUUCGUGUACUGUGCAGAUACUUCCACUGAACAGAAGUACACUUACACAUACACACACUGAAUGAAUCCAGCCAGUGUGUUAUUUUAGGAUGUUUCACUGUAAUUUUUUUUGAGUCUGCAUGAAUGGUUAAUUUUCCCUGUUGUUACAGUUGACAAGAUAUAGAAUGAUUAAAAACAAUGCGAACUUUGGCCUGUGAUGCAAUUUAUGGAAACCAGUGUUUUAGGACAAAGAUUACUCUUUGUGAUGAAUUUAAGUGUAUUACUCUUGACAAAUAUUGAAUGUGGAUGUAAAGAUUUCAGCAGAUUUAAAAUAUUUGCAAUAAGUACAUGUUUUCUUUUUGACAUUUAUGUUGUAUAUUCUUUUUGAUAUAGACGGAGAUUUUAGAUAAUCUUCAACCAUUACAAACUUGGUAAUAUUUUGUUUUACACAAUUGCACUUGGUCAAGUUUGCCUUAACACUAAUUUAAAAUCAAGUAUUUUAUUGCAGAGCAAAUUGUUAUGUAUAAUCAGUUUAAACAACUGAUAAUUUGUGAAGUAAUGAUGAUUGUAAUGACGAAAUAAGGAAUACUUUCUUUUGAGAAUUGCAGUUCAGCACCAUUGAUUUUUAUAUGAAAACAGCACUGAUGCCUCGGUCAUGUAUUGUAUUUUUAUGAAAAAUUGAAUCGAGUUCACUUGUGUAAUUUGUACAUUCUGUGUAAGUUUACGUAGGUGUGCUUUCAAUGUAAACCAAAAGUGAUAAAUGCGAGCUAAGUAACCUUAAAGAAUUAUUGCCCAUUAUAGACUGAGCACAUGAAUAACAAAUACAAUGUGCAUAUACACCACGUGUGCGCACCGGUUCGCGUGUUCAUUGCUUACGCGCAUGUUGUACGGAGGUUGCACGAAUUGUCGCUGAAUCCUGGUCCACAAUAGUGGCUUUCAGAGGUCGGCUUAGCUUGGAGACCAUUAUCCCUAUUGUGGUCAUUGUUAGGAGUACAUGCACUUGCAUGACGACAAAGCAUGGAAUUACAUUAGGCUAACUGCAGCAUUAAGAUUAACAUUAGGACAGCAGAAACUACAAAUCUUAUUCACUGAAAAUGGAUAGCUGUCCUGCUGAAGUGUUUUUCUCUCAUUGAAACGCAUAAAUCUAAGGAUGUAUCAGUGCAUGAAACUAUUGCGCAAGACCUUUUUCGUAAUUUGUGGAGAGAUUUUGCCGUUGUUCUUGAUUUGUGUUGUAUGAUUGAUUUUAUUUCUCCUUUCGACAUUUCAUAAGUACUGAAUAGACAUGUGAAUGUCUUCCAACAAUUUCCGCGUGAAAUAAAUGGGUACCACGAUUCA